UAUUUUUGCCCUUUGUCAUGUAUGGAAAGAAAGGAAGGAUGAAUGGACGGUCUUUGAUUGGCGCCGCUGGUGACGCCCCUCCUGGUCCUCUUUGGAGGGACCCUUUUGGAAAAAAAGCUGGUGAGGCAGCACGCAGAGGCUUCCCCUGGCUAAGCUUGGCCCUGGCCCAUGGGCCACCAGAACAGGAGCCAGAGGAAGAGCUAUCCAUGGAGGACAGCCCCACUGUGGUUAAACUGGACCAGGGUGGAAAUCAGGGUCCACCAGUUCGCAAGAGAAGAUGCCUCCCCAAGGCACUUGGCUACAUAACUGGUGAUAUGAAAGAAUUUGCCAACUGGCUUAAAGACAAACCCCAGGCACUCCAGUUCGUCGACUGGGUCCUUCGGGGCAUAUCCCAAGUGGUGUUUGUCAGCAACCCCAUCAGCGGAAUCCUGAUUCUGGUGGGACUCCUGGUCCAGAACCCCUGGUGGGCGCUCAGUGGCUGUGUGGCAACUGUGGUCUCCACCCUGACAGCCCUGUUACUCGGUCAGGACAGGUCCGCCAUUGCAGCAGGGCUCCAGGGCUACAAUGCCACCCUGGUGGGAAUCCUCAUGGCUGUCUUUUCAGACAAGGGAAACUAUUUCUGGUGGCUAUUAUUCCCUGUAUCUGCUAUGUCCAUGACUUGUCCAGUUUUCUCAAGUGCGUUGAACUCCGUGUUCUGCAAAUGGGACCUCCCUGUCUUCACUCUGCCCUUCAACAUGGCGUUGUCAAUGUACCUUUCUGCCACGGGACAUUACAAUCCAUUUUUCCCAAGCAAGUUGUUCACACCUGUAACCUCAGUUCCCAAUGUCACCUGGUCUGACCUCAGUGCCCUGCAGUUACUGAAGUCCCUGCCUGUGGGUGUUGGUCAGAUAUAUGGCUGUGAUAAUCCGUGGACAGGGGGCAUCUUCCUAGGCGCCAUCUUCCUCUCCUCCCCACUCAUGUGCCUACAUGCUGCGAUCGGGUCGUUGCUGGGGAUGGCAGCAGGACUCAGUCUUUCAGCUCCAUUUGAGAACAUCUACGUUGGACUCUGGGGUUUCAACAGCUCUCUAACCUGCAUUGCAAUUGGAGGAAUGUUCAUGGCGCUCACCUGGCAAACCCACCUCCUGGCUCUUGCCUGCGCCCUGUUCACUGCCUACGUUGGAGCCAGCAUGUCCAACCUGAUGGCUGUGGUCGGAUUGCCAUCUUGUACCUGGCCCUUCUGUUUGGCGACACUACUGUUCCUCCUGCUGACCACGAAAAACCCCAACAUCUAUAAGAUGCCCCUCAGUAAAGUCACUUAUCCUGAAGAAAACCGCAUCUUCUACCUACAAGCCAAGAAAAGGCUGGUUGAAAGCCCUUUGUGAAUGCAACCCCCAUCCACAGCCAUGGUCACAAGUCAUUUCUGACUAACUACCCCAGUUGACUUCGAGGGUCUCAAAACUGUUGUUUUUACUACUAACAAAUUUCAUACUAAGCCAUCGGUGAUCUCUUCUUUUUCCCAUUUUGUAUUUUUCUUUCAGACUCCAAAACAUGCCCAAACAAGUGACAAGACACAUCAAGGUGAUGUGCUCUGGCUAUGGAAUUUAAACCCCAGUGGGGCAUUGGCACUGAGACUGUACUGUAUUUACAAAGUCAGAAUGGUCCACCAGAAAGAGGAAGGAAGACCAAAGCUAAUUAUUGAUAUUUAUUGAUAUUCUUGGUGCUUGGUUGCACAUGAUGUUAACAGUAUUAAAAAAUUAAUCUCUAUAAACCAACUAAGCCUUAAGUGAAUGGAAUUCAGAGUCACAAAAUCAAAGUCAACCCAGAAUUCUCAGAUAAGCCAUCUGGCUUAUUUAAAAUCAAUGCAAGUUACACAUUACAGCAGUGGUCAACAUUGCAGGGCUCAUCACUGAGCUCUUUCCCCAGCUCCUCAGCAGAACUGCCUCCAUGCUGUCCCAUGUGUGUGACAUUCUCUUACAGGAGACGGUCGGUUUGUUUCAGGCUGGCAGAGCUGCAGGAGGGAGAAUGGGAUCCCAUCCUUCAAAAUUAUUCUGUAUUGUCACUUUUCUUGGAUAUUGCAAAGGAUUUUUUAAGUAGUUUAUUAUCUUUUUUUUAGGAGGAUAGAUUUGUUUUCAAUGAGGUAAAAUAAGAGAAGUUCCUGGCUUUACCAGUUCCUAGGUAUUAAAAAGAAAAAGUUACAUUUUUCUAAAAUACUCAGCAUAGCUAUUUUUACUUUAAUCUACCUAAACUGAUUUUGUAAAUGCCACAAAAGCAGAGAAUCGAAUACCAAAUCAUCAACAUCCAAGGGCCCUUUAAAGUCACAUUUUCAAUUCAUUUAAGGAUGUUAUAUAUUAUAAAGACUGAAGGUUAAUGCCAGAUUGCUUCUGGGUGUUUAGAAGUUGUUUAAUUCUUACUUUAAAAAAAAUCACUAUUUUCUGCACGCUUACAAUAUUCUCACUCAGAAACCAAUGGUAUUUGAACCA